GGCAUGCCCGGCGCCGGCGGCGGGCGCGGCAUGCAGCCGCGAUACGACCCGAUCGGAGGAGGGCACGACCCGCUCCUCGACCCAGACGGCAUCUCGGGGGUCGGAGGCGGCAUCGGCGGCGUGCCGAUGGGGCCGGGCCGCGGCGGACGUGGCCGAGGCCGCGGCGGCCGUUUCCCUGGCGGCGGCAUGUGGGACCCGGACGGGCCCGGGUUCGACCCGCGUUUCCUGUGACAAAAGGUCAAAACGGGAUGGGCGGCCGUGGGAUGUGCUUGUGCGGAAAAGGUUUGGGGCUACUGCCGGCUGCGGUGUCCGGUGGGUGAGAGAUGGCUAAGCGCGAUAUGUGCCGGGUGGGUGGCGAGAUGUCUCUGGGCCUGUGUGCGAUUGCCGCGUCGGGCCUGUCGCAAUCCGCAUAUGUCGGGAGCAACACCUUAAUUAAGGAACACACUACUCGAA